AUGAGAAAUGCAAUCAGUGUUUCUCCAAGUGUGGGCACAGCAGAUGACCCGAGACGCCAACCUGAACUUCGCAGAACACUCCCUCUGGAAAAAAAGGGCAGGGUGGGGAUUUUAACAAUUAAAACUCCCCUCCCCCUUGUCAAGAAGAUAAUUCCCUGUGCAGGACGGUGCCUCCGUUUCUGCGGCAGAGGCAUCUGCGGAUUAGCAGUGUUCCUUCCUCAGUCGGGCAGGCUCAACGGCAACAGAAAAGGGAGAGAGAGGGCAGAAGGAGGGGGUCCUAGGAAGCCGGGCUCAUGCCUUCUAAACCCUCACCGUCCUCCUGAGCAGUUACCAGGCGUCAGGGAAGCCGCUGACCUCCCGGGGGUCACAGUCUCUGCCCUCUCGGAAACCGGGACGAGACCGAGAGCGGGCGCGGGCGCGGGCACCUGUGCAGCGGCGGGCACCGAAGCCCAGGGAGGCGGCGGCGGGGCGGGGCACGACGCGGGAAUCCGAGUCUCCGCGUCCCCGGAGCGCGAGCGCAGCGCGUGGCCUGUAACGCCUCUCCCGCAGGGCCCGCCCGACCACACCUCCUCCCCGCCCCGGCCGCCCGGCCUCAGUUUCCCCCUCCGCGUCCGCUGUGCGUGCCUGGGGGCCCCUCGGGGACCCGG